GCUAUUAAUUCAAUAAUAUAUGUUUUAUUUUUUGUUUCUUUAGGCACAGCCAUAAAUUAUAUCAAUCUCUUCUCAAAUAUAUUCAAAUCCACACAAAUUUCUAUACAAAUUUUUAUCAAUAAAUAUAAAUAUAAUCAAAAAAUCAAUUGUUUAAUAUAAAACUACUAUAAAAUAUAAUUAUAAAUACAAAAAUGAAUUGUGAAUCUAUAUAUGAAAUUUUAUCAAAAGAUCUUCCAAAGUAUAGCCCAAUAAUUCCAAAAAGGGAUACAAAAGACAAUGUCUUAUUGGAUGUUUUAUGCACUGUAAUUAAUAAAUUAAUAACAAAUGGCGAUAGUUUCAAGAAUGAAAGAAGAGAAUUUUAUCCACCAAAUAGAAAACCACCAACCAUUGGAAUUGAUGCUUAUCUCGCACGUUUAUUAAAGUAUUCACCAUGCUCAAAAGAAUGUUUUGUAAUGAGCUUAGUAUAUAUCGAUAGAUUCCUCAAGAAAUGCGAUUUAAUUGUUAACUCUAUGAAUAUUCAUAGAUUAGUAAUAACCAGUCUUUUAAUUAGUACCAAAUAUUUAGAUGAUAUAUUUUAUAACAACGAAUUCUAUAGUCAAGUCGGUGGUAUAUCAUUAAGAGAAAUGAAUGGUUUAGAAGUUGUAUUUUUAUCAAUGAUGGAUUAUACUGUAAAUUGUUCACUUGAUGAAUUCAAUAAAUAUGCAAGAGAAGUUGAAAGAGCCAAAAUUAAAAUGGAAAUAUCAUGCAAUACAAUUUCACCAGAAACCAUAUCAACCUCAAUAACACCAGCAAAUAAUGAUAAUAAAAAUAUAAAUAGUAGCCAAGGUUCAUCUGGACAUCAAAACAAUGCUUCAUCUGCCCCAACAAACCCAUAUACCAAUAUAAAACACUCCUCCUCUUCCUCAUCAUCGUCAUCCUCUCAAAACUUAUCACACCAAAUUAACCCAUUAGUAUCUUUUAUUUCAAAUAACAAUGUAAAUAACCCAAACAAUAAUUCAAACAAUAAUAAUAAUAGUAAUAAUACAAAUAACUCUACAAACUCACCACUAAAAAGUUCAAUUCCUAUACAAUCUAGAAGAAGAGGCAGUUGUGAUUAUACAUCAUCCCAAUCAAACAAAGACAAACCAUUCACUACAACUCAAACCGGUUGGGUUGCUUAAAAAAUAUUCAUCUUUUAUAUAUAUAAUUAUAAAUAUUAAAUAUUUAUAUUUUCUUCCACCUUUUUAAUAAUUAUUUUAUCUUUUUUAAUAAUAAUACAGUAAAAUAAUAAUAAUAUCUCAACAAAAAUAAUAUAAAUUAAAUUUAUAUUAUAGAACUUUUAUAUGUAUAUCUUAUUUUAAUAAUCUAUACAUAUCUUUCAAUCUUUCUUUUUCCAAAUUGGUUUAAUUUUUUUUAAAAACAUAAAAAAAAAUAAAAAAAAAAUAUAAUAAAAUUUUAAUAGAUUUAGUAAUAAUAAUUACUAUAUCUAUAAUUUGUAAAUUAU